AUGGAUCCAGCGCAGUUCGGCUACAGCACGCUUCCCAUGCACCACGCCCCCUACGAUGCCAUUUCACCGGAAACAAUAAAGGGCACCAAUGCCGGUAAAGUUGCAUUCAUCACGGGUGCUGGGCAAGGCAUUGGCGCUGCUAUUUCUGAAGCUCUCGCAAAGUCUGGCGCCAAUAUCGCAAUCCUCGAUUUGAACCUUGACAAACUCGCGACAACAAAGAAGACGUGCGAGGCAUUCGGCGGCAAAGUUCGUACCUACGAAGCCGAUGUCACAGAUGCAGCACGUAUCAAAGAAAUCCUCAACCAAAUCGAGAAGGAUCUAGGGCAGAUCGACAUCCUGGUGAACAAUGCAGGUAUCCUAGACCAAAGACCAUUCGUCAUGUCGACAUUUGAGGGAUUCUGGAGACAAAUUGAAGUCAACUUCAAGGCACCACUGAUGUUGAUUCAUGAAGUCUUACCAAGAAUGAAGAAUCGUGGACAUGGAUGCAUCAUUAACAUGGCUUCUCGGUCUGGGACUGUGGACGUGCCCAUGACGCUCGGCUACGUGACUUCCAAAGCUGCACUGAUACGUGCGACGCACACACUACAGCUAGAGAUGGAGCUCGAUGGACUGGAUCCAGCGAUCCAUAUGUAUGCGCUACACCCAGGCGGUGUCGUCUCGGGCAUGGGAGGAGCCGGCGCGGCCAAGGACGUCAAGGAAAAGUAUGGCGACCUCACAGACGAAGACUUUUACAAGGAUCUGUUCAAAGACAGUCCACCACUCUGCGGCCAGACCUGUGCGUGGCUGGCUUCGGGAAGAGGCAAAGAGCUACGAGGGCUGUUCUUAGACUGUCGGCAAGAUGUCGGAAAGCUUUUGGAAAUCGGCCGCGCGACACUACUGAAAGAGAACAGGAAUAAGCUGACUGUCAACUUCAUCGACGGCUAUUGUAACGAGCCAUAG